CCCCACGCCUUCCGCUUUCACCUAGGGCCGAAGGUGCGGGGAGGCCGGGCGGGCGCUGGCGCGGGCCGAGCCGCGCCGGGAAGGUCGAGCCUGGGGAGCCACCGGCCCGUGGCCGCGCCGCGCCCCGCGGGGUCCUGCCCGCGUCCGUUCCGCCGCCGGAGCUCCGGAGAGGAGUCAUGUAGCAGCAAUAGCGCCAGCAAACCCACCUCGUCUUUGCAACUCUUUUAUUUUUGGACUGGCGGGGAGUGGGGGGCGGCGGCAAAAUUAUAUCCCCUCCUUUUCUUACCCACCCCCAUUUGCCAUCUGCAUUUGCUUCUCUAAAAAAAGAUUUUAAAAACCGAGGGGCUGGGGGCCGGGCGGGGGCCUUAAAUCGGAGUCGGACCCGCAGUCCCCCGCACCUGGAGCGCAACCAUGAGCGAGGAGAGCAACGACGUCCCCAGGGAGCUGAUAGAAAGCAUAAAGGAUGUUAUUGGAAGAAAGAUAAAAAUUGCAGUCAAGAAGAAAGUAAAGUUGGAAGUUAAAGGAGACAAAGUUGAAAACCGAGUGCUGGUGCUCACAUCAUGCCGGGCCUUCCUGCUGACUGCACGUAUCCCUACCAAGCUCGAGUUAACCUUCAGCUACUUGGAGAUCCAAGGUGUUAUUUGCAACAAGCCUGCUCAGAUGGUUGUGGAAACGGAGAAGUGCACCAUCUCCCUGAAGAUGGCAUCGCUGGAGGACGGGAAUGACGUGCUGGCGCACAUCGGCACCUGCUUGCGAAAGAUAUUUCCUGGCCUUUCUCCAGUGAGGAUCAUGAAGAAGGUCUGCAUGGAGCCGUCUGAGCGCCUGGCCAGUCUCCAGGCCCUGUGGGACAGCCAGACCGUGGCUGAGCAGGGCCCCUGCGGUGGAUUUUCUCAAAUGUACGCCUGUGUCUGUGACUGGCUGGGGUUUUCAUACAGGGAAGAAGUGCAGUGGGAUGUGGAUACCAUUUAUCUGACGCAAGACACCAGGGAGUUGAACUUACAAGACUUCAGUCAUCUGGACCACAGAGACCUCAUCCCCAUCAUUGCUGCUUUGGAGUACAACCAGUGGUUCACCAAGCUGUCCUCCAAGGAUCUGAAACUCUCUGCGGAUGUCUGCGAACAGAUCCUUAGGGUGGUGAGUAGAUCCAAUCGACUGGAAGAAUUGGUGUUGGAAAAUGCUGGACUUAGAACAGAUUUUGCACAAAAACUGGCCAGUGCGCUCGCUCAUAAUCCCAACUCAGGACUCCACACGAUUAACCUUGCUGGCAACGCACUGGAGGAUAGAGGUGUGUCCUCUUUAAGUGUUCAAUUUGCCAAACUCCCCAAGGGAUUAAAACAUUUAAAUUUGUCCAAAACCUCAUUAUCACCUAAAGGGGUGAAUAGCCUUUGUCAGUCACUCAGUGCCAACCCUCUGACCGCCUCCACCCUCACCCAUCUAGACCUCUCAGGGAACAUCCUUCGUGGAGACGACCUCUCGCACAUGUAUAAUUUUUUGGCUCAGCCAAAUGCCAUCGCUCAUCUGGAUUUAUCCAACACAGAAUGUUCCCUGGACAUGGUCUGUGGAGCUCUUCUCCGUGGAUGCCUUCAAUAUUUAGCUGUUCUCAAUCUCUCCAGAGUCGUCUUCUCUCACCGGAAAGGAAAAGAAGUACCCCCAUCUUUCAAGCAGUUUUUUAGCAGUUCUCUGGCUUUGGUGCACAUCAACCUUUCAGGCACAAAACUGUCUCCUGAGCCCUUAAAAGCAUUGCUGUUGGGCCUGGCUUGUAACCAUAGUCUGAAGGGGGUUUCUCUUGACCUCAGCAGCUGUGAGCUGAGGUCGGGAGGCGCUCAAGUCUUAGAAGGGUGCAUUGCUGAAAUCCACAACAUCACCAGCUUAGACAUCUCUGACAACGGUCUGGAAUCUGACCUCUCUACCUUAAUAGUGUGGCUCAGUAAAAACAGAUCUAUCCAACAUCUGGCCUUAGGCAAAAAUUUUAACAAUAUGAAAUCCAAAAAUCUGACACCUGUAUUGGACAACUUAGUACAGAUGAUUCAAGAUGAAGAAUCCCCUCUGCAGUCCUUGUCCCUGGCUGACUCGAAACUCAAGACUGAGGCCAGCAUCAUCAUCAACGCCCUGGGAAGCAACACCUCGCUGACCAAAGUGGACAUCAGUGGGAAUGCAAUGGGAGACAUGGGAGCGAAGAUGCUAGCGAAAGCCCUGCAGAUCAAUACCAAGCUCAGGACUGUAAUCUGGGACAAGAACAACAUCACUGCACAAGGCUUCCAAGAUAUAGCUGUUGCUAUGGAAAAGAACUACACACUGCGAUUUAUGCCCAUUCCCAUGUACGAUGCUUCCCAGGCCCUAAAAGCAAACCCUGAGAAAACAGAAGAAGCUCUGCAAAAGAUAGAAAACUAUUUGCUACGGAAUCACGAGACCAGAAAAUACCUUCAGGAGCAGGCCUACCGCCUACAGCAGGGUAUUGUCACCAGCACCACCCAGCAGAUGAUUGACAGGAUAUGUGUGAAAGUUCAAGAUCACCUCAACUCCUUACGGAACUGUGGGGGAGAAGCCAUCCAGGAAGACUUGAAAUCUGCAGAACGGCUCAUGCGUGAUGCUAAGAACUCCAAGACGCUGUUACCAAACUUAUACCAUGUUGGCGGUGCGUCCUGGGCAGGAGCCAGUGGCAUGUCGUCCAGUACAAUCCAGGAGACCCUGGAAUCCAUGGCUGGAGAGGUCACGAGAGUUGUGGAUGAACAACUAAAGGCUGCGCUUGAAUCCAUGGUGGACGCUGCCGAGAACCUUUGUCCCAAUGUGAUGAAAAAGGCCCACAUCCGACAAGACCUGAUUCGUGCCAGCACUGAAAAGAUCUCCAUUCCACGUACCUUUGUUAAAAAUGUCCUGUUGGAGCAAUCUGGAAUUGAUAUCCUUAACAAAAUUAGUGAGGUGAAGCUGACUGUGGCCUCCUUCCUGUCUGAUCGAAUUGUGGACGAAAUCCUGGACGCACUCUCACGUUGUCAUCAUAAACUGGCUGACCAUUUCAGCAGGCGUGGCCAGACCCUCGCCCAGCAAGACUCCUUUGAGAUGGAGGUGGCUGAGGAGAAGCCAGUGAAGCGCUCCACCCUCACAGUGGAGGACCUGACUGAGGUGGAGCGCCUGGAAGAUCUGGAUACCUGCAUGAUGACUCCUAAAUCCAAAAGGAAGAGUAUCCACAGCCGAAUGCUGCGACCCGUAUCCAGGGCCUUCGAAAUGGAGUUUGAUCUGGAUAAAGCCCUGGAAGAGGUGCCCAUCCACAUCGAAGACCCGCCUUUCCCAUGCGUUAGGCCAGAGAAGCGCAGCUCGGCUUUCAUCUCUGAGCUGCCCUCGGAGGAGGGCAGGAAGCUGGAGCAUUUUACCAAGUUAAGGCCCAAGCGGAAUAAGAAGCAGCAGCCCACCCAAGCUGCGGUCUGUGCUGCCAGUGUGGUCCCCCAGGAUGGUGAACAGAACGGUCUUAUGGGGAGAGUCGAUGAAGGUGUAGAUGAGUUUUUCACCAAGAAGGUGACCAAAAUGGAUUCCAAGAAAUGGUCGAGCAGAGGAUCUGAGUCCCAUGAGCUUGGUGAAGGCGAUGAAAAGAAGAAGCGAGAUUCUCGAAAAAGUGGCUUUCUCAACUUAAUCAAAUCCCGGUCCAAACCCGAAAGGCCUCCUACCAUGCUAAUGGCGGAAGAGCCCUCCUCCCCCAAGGGGGCAGGUCGAAGUGCGGCCGUGGACAUCACACGGAAGGACGUCAGGGCGGCGGAGCACAACGGCACUCCAGAGCGGACGGAAGAGAUCAAGACCCCGGAUUCCCUGGAAGAAGGUCAAGGGGAAGAAACAGCAAGGGCGGAGCGCAGCGACAGCAGGAGCAGCCCGCAGGGCGGGCGGAGGUACGGCGUGCAGGUGAUGGGCAGCGGGCUGCUGGCCGAGAUGAAAGCCAAGCAGGAGAGGAGAGCCGCCUCGGCGAAGAAACUUGGAAACGACGCCUUCUCCCAGGAGCCUUCCAGUCCAGCCUUCAGCAGCACAGAGCGGUUGGAUGGAGCCGGAGCCGCGCCUAAACUGCACCCAGGUCUUCCAGAAAACCGCUUCGGUUCGGGAACACCGGAAAGGAACCCGCGAGCCGAGCCCAGGGCAGAGAUGGGCCCGAGGUCUCGCAGCCUGUCAGGCACACCGACGAGCCCUAAGCCCCUCCUGCAAUCGCCCAAGCCCAGCCUGGCCGCACGGCCCACCAUCCCGCAGAAACCCAGGAGCUCCUCUCGGCCUGAGGACAUUCCAGACUCUCCAUCUGGCCCCAGCUCCCCUAAAGUUGCUCUUCUUCCACCUGUCUUGAAAAAAGUUCCUUCAGACAAGGAGAGAGAUGGCCAGAGUAGCCCCCAGCCCAGUCCCAGGACAUUUUCCCAGGAAGUAGUGCAAAGAGGAGAUUAUUACAAAAGACAUUCAGAUCAUGGCAGUGGCAAGCCUUCCAGUGGAGGGAAAAGAUCUUCAGAACUGUACCCCGCCAUUGCAGAAGAGGAAUUGAAUGCAGUUGGGCACAGGAAGUCACAGCCAACAAAUGUGUCAAGGAGAAGCUGGGGCCAGCAGCCCCAGGAACAUCAAGAGCAAAAGCAGCGGCCCUCCAGCCGAGAUGGCCGUCAUGGCAGCAAGUCCAGUGACUCCGGAGAAGAAGCAGAAAAAGAGUUCAUUUUUGUGUAAGGGCCACCCUGCAUAGACCUCCCCGGGCAGGGCGCCUGGGUUGCCAGCAGAGAGGAACAGGGCAACACCUCUUCUUCCCAGACACUCUUCUCUUGGUGCUUGAAGCUCUCCUUUCUUUGCCCCUUCCACCCCACUUUUUUUUUAAAUAUAGAGAAAAAUAUCUA